CAAGCGGGGCCAGCGCGGAUGGAGCGGGGGCGCGCACAGAGACGAGAGCACGGGCACGAGGCGAUACCAGGAGCGGGAGAACGAGAUCCUGUUACGAUUUUUUUUUAAAAAUAACCUUAAACGAUUUUUUUUUACCUCCCUAUUCGCUUCAUUUUUUAAUUUUAUUUUUUAAUAAAGAGUGACGAACAUCCGCAAUUCGUCGAGAGGAUGCGUUUUUCACGUCGAGGCGUCGAAGGAAGAUGUGCAGCCAUGACAACAACAAGAGGACACUGUCAAGUGUAGACGACGACACGAUUUAUCCGUGGCGUGUCUUCUCUUCAUACACACGAGGCCCUCCGUGGGCACCGAAAGCCGCGGGAAUGACGGUGCCAACGUGACGCGGAGUGCAGCCAUCGAGUGGACGGGAGGAGGGCGUGAGGUCCAACAGAGAGCUGGAGGGGUGGACGCCCAGUUGUACGUUGGACCCCUAAUGACUGCUCCAUUGUCUGCUGUGUCACUAUUAUUAUUAUUAUCACUAUUGAUUUGAAUGGCGUGGAGGGAACAGCCGAGAAACGGGAGGAUGGAGACGCAGUGAGCGAGGAUUGACGGCUCUUCUAACACGGCUGGUGGUGUGACGCCUGAAGUCUUCCCUCCCAGCAUGGCGCUGUCAUUGCGGUUGUUUGUCGCGUGUGUGCUCACUUUGGCUCAUGUCGCCCCUUCCAGCCAAGCCAUGUCUCGGGCCGCCAUGCCAUUUGGGCUGUUGCGCAGAGAGCUGGCAUGUGAGGGUUACCCCAUUGAACUCCGCUGCCCGGGAAGCGACGUGGUGAUGGUGGAGACCGCCAACUAUGGACGCACCGAUGACAAGAUUUGUGACGCAGAGCCCUUCCAGAUGGAGAACACCCAAUGUUACCUUCCUGAUGCACUGAAGAUAAUGGCCCAGAGGUGUAACAACAGGACUCAGUGUGUGGUGGUUGCAGGGGUGGACGUCUUCCCAGACCCUUGUCCCGGGACGUACAAAUACCUGGAGAUCCAGUACGAGUGUGUCCCUUACAUUUUCGUCUGCCCCGGAUCACUGCUCAGCAUCCAGUCGCCUUCUUCCGUACUGGAGGCGGAGCAUCAGUCGGGGGCGUGGUGUAAGGACCCGCUGCAGGCCGGUGACAGACUAUACGUCAUGCCGUGGACACCCUAUAGGACCGAGGUGCUGUACGAGUACGCUUCUUGGGACGACUACCGGCAGAAUCGAGUCACCACUACCUAUAAGCUGCCAAGCCGCGUUGAUGGUACCGGCUUUGUGGUGUAUGAUGGCGCCGUGUUUUACAACAAGGAACGGACGCGCAAUCUGGUCAAGUACGACCUGCGGACGCGCAUUAAGAGCGGCGAGGCAGUGGUGGUCAAUGCCAACUACCAUGACACGUCGCCUUACCGCUGGGGAGGGAAGUCAGACAUCGAUCUGGCGGUGGAUGAGAACGGCCUCUGGGUGAUCUACUCCACUGAAGCCAAUAAUGGACGCAUCGUGGUCAGCCAGGUGAACCCGUACACGUUGCGCUUCGAGGGCACGUGGGCCACCGGCUUUGACAAACGCGGGGCCAGCAAUGCCUUCAUGGCCUGUGGCGUGCUAUAUGCGGUGCGCUCAGUCUUCCAGGACGACGAGGGGCAGGCAGACGGAAGGGUCGGCAACGACAUGGUGGUGUACGCCUACGACACCAGCCGGGGCCAGGAGCUGCCCGUUCAGAUCCCGUUCCCCAACCCCUACCAGUACAUCUCUUCCAUAGACUACAACCCUAGAGACAACCAGUUGUAUGUGUGGAAUAACUACUACGUUUUGAGAUAUCCACUGCAGUUCACACCACCGCCACCCACUAAAGGUCCCCUUUCUUCUCUAAUGACGACUGUCCGCUCUUACACGGCAACAGUGGCAUUGACUCCGGUGCGGCCAUCAGCCUCCCACCCAGUGGGCGUCAUCAACCGUGGGCCCUUUGAUCAGAGGCCAAUCACAGCCAUGGUGCCCCUAACACCUCGUCCCCCAUUGCGUGUCCCCUUGGCUCCAGGGGCCCCCGGUCAAGUAGGUGGGUGUGAGGGAAGAGUGGCACGAGGCGUGCAGUGGCCCCCCACUCUGAAAGGGGAGACCGUCGAGAGGCCCUGCCCCAAAGGCUCGCUGGGCAUUGCUUCCUACCAGUGCAUGUUGUCUCCAGUGAGCUGGAGCUCCAGAGGGCCUGACCUCUCUAACUGUACUUCUCCCUGGGUCAGCCAGAUUUCACAGAAGAUUAAAAGCGGAGAGAAUGCAGCAAACAUAGCCGGAGAACUGGUCAACCUGACCCGUGGGCGGAUCUACGCGGGCGAUGUUAGCAUGUCUGUCAAGCUAAUCGAACAACUGCUGGACAUUUUGGACUCCCAGCUGCAAGCUUUGAGACCAGUCAAUAAGGAGUCUGCGCCACGUAACUACAACAAGCUGCAGAAGAGGGAACGCACGUGCAGGGCUUAUGUGCAGGCCGUGGUCCAGACAGUCGAUAACCUUUUGGGUCCUGAAGCCUUGGUGUCCUGGGCGGACAUGAGCGGUCCUGACCAGUCCCGCUCUGCAUCACUUCUGUUAGAUGCAGUAGAGAAAGGAGCAUUCCUAUUGGCUAACAACCUCUAUGAAGGCCGAUUCAGUGACAGAGCACCAAACGUCGAUCUGGAGGUGUAUGUGCUAAACACAGAGGCAGACAUACAGGACUUAACAUUCCCGCACUCCUACGACAGUGACAGCAUCCUGCAGAUCUCAGCAGUGGCUCUGCAGCAGUACAGUAAUAAUGGCCAAGUGAAGCUGGUCCUCUCCUUGUAUAAGAACUUGGGCUCCUUCCUGACGACACAGAACUCCACCCUGCGACUUGGAUUUGGACUUGGCCAGGGGUCAGAAGUAAGGCGCCUGGUGGUCAACUCCCACGUCAUCUCCGCUUCUGUGCACAGAGGCUCCAAUAGAGUGUUCCUCUCUGAACCGGUGGUCUUCACUCUCAGACACCUGCAGCAGGAUAACCACAUUGGUCCCAACUGUUCUUUUUGGAAUGCAUCAGGGGUUUCUGGGAGUGGCAGAUGGUCCACACAAGGAUGCCGCCUGUUGCAUACCAACAACACACAUACAACCUGUGCCUGCAAUCACCUGUCCAGCUAUGCGGUCCUCAUGACGUAUAAACAACCUGCUUCUGGUGUGGGAGUGGAGGAACUUCUUGUCUAUGUGGUCUCCUGGGUGGGCAUCUCUGUGGCUCUGGUGUGUUUGGCCACCUGUCUUACUACCCUAUGCUGCCAGGGGGCACCCUGGCACACUGACCACAGCACCAUCCACUGCAACUUGUGGGCCAACUUGCUCAUCACUGAGCUUCUCUUCCUUGUUGGGGCUAACAAAACACAAUACACGGUGGUGUGUUCCAUCAUUGCUGGCCUGCUGCAUUUCUCCUUGCUCUCUGUGUUCUGCUGGUUGUGUUUGGAAGGAGUCGAGUUGUACAUUUUGCAGCGGGAGGUGUUCGAGGCACGGAACUCCAGGAGGAAGUAUUUCUACCUUAGUGGCUACUCUGUACCCGGGCUGGUGGUGGCUGUGUCGGCAGCCAUUGACUUCAGAGGCUACGGCUCAAAAACCGCCUGCUGGCUGCGAACCGACAAUUACUUCAUUUGGAGUUUCCUCGGACCUGUGGGUGUAAUUAUCACGAUCAACCUAAUUAUCUUAGUGAUGACAUUACAUAAAAUGCACAGCACCGCCGCCCUGAAGCCAGACUCCAGUCGCCAUGACAACUUAAGGGCGUGGGCGGUGGGCUCGCUGACGCUGCUCUUCCUGCAGAGUGUCAACUGGUCCUCAGGCCUGAUGUUCCUGUCGGCUCCAUCUCUCCUCCUGGCUUACCUCUUUGCCUCUCUCAACACGGCCCAGGCCGUCCUCAUCACCAUCUUGCACUGCACCCUCGCCCGGAAGGGUCAGAAAGACUACGGCCAAUGUCUUCGUCUGUCCCAGUGCUGUGGGACAUCUUCAUCUAGCUCCCCGGACUCGGUGAAGGGUGCGGCGUUGCGCUCCAACAGUCGCUACAGCAGCAGCCAGGGCCGUAGAGCCACAGCCAACAGACAGAGUCGUAUCAGGAGGAUGUGGAAUGACACAGUCCGACGACAGACAGAGUCGUCUUUCAUCGCUGCUGAUGUUAACAGCACUCCUACGCUCAACAGAGCUGCACUGGGGAAUCAUUUCUUGACCAAUCAAGUGCUGCAGACUCACGCUGCUGCCUCUCCUUAUGACACGAUGCUGGCGCAGGGAUACAAUCAACCCUUCACCUCCUCAGUUGGAACCUUCCGAAACAAGAAAGUUGGUGUGUCGCAGAGUCAGGAGUCUUGUGGUUUGGACAGUGUCUGUCUCAAUGGAGGCUACACUCCCAAUACCUUCACCCUACAUGGUCUCGGUGCCACACCUGGAUCCCGAGCCGGAGUGGUGGGCAGCGCUGACCUUCUGAGGGAAGGAGGCGUCGGGAUGGGAAGCGAUGACAUCUCGCCUGGCUUGCUGACCCCUCAUAGUGCAGCAGAUCUGGGCGCCGGUGCCGGGAUGCGUCGUAACCUGUCUGACGCUGCAGCGCUGGAGAAGAUGAUCAUCUCUGAGCUGGUACAGAGCAACCUGAGACCUCCGGGCGACAUGCCCGUCCCUCCCGAGCGCUACGGGAGCCUGGCGAGACCUCAUCAUCUGGACAGAGCGGGCCAUGCUCACACGGCCACACUGACUCGGCAGCCGCCGCAGGAGGGCUGGGCGGCCACCAUGCAGCCCACCACUCGGCACAACCCGCAAGAGGGUUGGCCGCAUUUGAGGCACCUACAAGGUACUACUGAGACACAGGAACAAGAUCAUGCCACAACGCCACGCUUACAAGAUGGCUGGUCACACUCCCGCACUCCUGGAGAAUGUGAGUCCCGAGAGCUGCUUAAAGAAGGGGAGAGACUCCAGCUGCAAGGCACUCUGGGUCGUCGUGGACUCCAGGAGAGGCAACAAGCACGUCCUCCCGAUGUUCAGGCCCGACCUUACUCCACGCUCAGCCGCACCCCGGGCACCUUGUCUCGCCACCGCGGCACAGCCGAGUCAAGUGGAGGGAUGGACCGGGAUCGGGAUCGGUACCGUGACAGACCCCUGCCGCCUCCGCCUCCCCCUCCGCCACAGGAGUCGGAGCCUCUGUACAAAGCCCUGGAGGAACCAUUGCUGAUGAAACAGAGGGAGGGGAGUGUGGAUGCAUGGCGGGGAGGGCAGGACAGGGACAAGGAGGAAACCUUCCUCCUAAAAAGAGAAGGACUGAUGGACGAUUGGAGGGGAGGCGGAAACAGAGCAAGAGAGGAUUCUUUCAGCGCUCAAAAGAGAGACGGAGACAUGGCGGAGUGGAGAGGUGGCGUGGAGAGAGGGAGGGAGGAACCUCAGAGGAUGGAGCCAUGGCGAGGAGCAGCGGAGGCGGAGCAGGAAGAAACUUUCAUAACUCAAAGGAAAGACUUCGAUGGCUGGAGAGGAGACAAGGACAGGGACGGCUGGAGAGAGAGCGACAAACAGAAAGACAGAGCGCUGGACGUGUGGCGUGGAGGAGUGGACGUGGACGUGGACAGGGACGAGUCUUUCCUGUUCGAGAGCAAUGACGGGGGUCUUGACGGCAGGAAAAGAGGGAACGAUAGAGGCUCUCUUAGGUACCAUGGCAACCGAGAGGAUUCAGACGGCUUCACUCUACCUUUGACACCCGAUCUCGACCUCGACCCUGACUCUUCGCCUAUCUACGCACGGGAUUCGAACCCCUCGCCGCUCUACCCUGUUGACCACCGAUCACCACCUCUUGGUAUCUUCCCACGCAGCUCUCCGCCAACCAAUAUCUUCGCACCCCGAGACGUUCAUUCUCCUCCCAACAACCUCUACUCCCGACACUCCCCCCAGGUGUACAGUCGCAGCAGUUCCCCUCCUCGCUUCUACACCCGCACCUCCCCGCCGACUCUCUCCUACCCCGACAGCAGCCCCGAAGGUCCAGAGGAGGUCAGCCCCACCAGCCCGCCCCAGCGGCCCGCCCUGGAGCUACCCUACAGCCUGGGGAGACCCCCUCUAGGCCCACGGCCCAAUCACCUGCAGACCUUCUACCAGCCGCCAGCGCCCACGACGAACGGAGAGGCGGCGUACACACCGGAGCCCACUUCGGAGGGAGAAGACGGUCAGAUGCAGCGGGUGACGAGCCUGUGACUAGGGCGGUGGUGAUCGGGGAAUAGGAACCAGGGAGGCAAGAGCGGAGAAGCACAACCAAGAGUUCAAUUCGGAUGAUGAUGACCAUGAGGUUGACGAUGAAGCUAAUGACGGUGGCUCCUCCCUGCUUUCUAUCUCCCGAUCACCACGAGACUCCCUACCCCCCCGGGCCCCCCCCAUCUUUUGUUACUUUUCUAGAACUCACUGGUCCCAAAUCUUCCUCUGCUCUCUUUUCCCUUGAACCCCCUCCUGUGUCUUCCCGCUUCAUCAGUGCUUAGUACCUGUUGGCUCCUCGUCCACCCGACCGUCUUUUGGUCCCCUGGCUGGGCGUCGCCCGCUCCCACCCCCCGCCCCCCUCUCCUCGUAGCAAGAGAAGCGUGUCGUAACCGAGAGAAAGAAAGCACUCGUGUGUUGCCAAAAAAAAAAAAAACUUUCAAAGAACACGUGCAUGACUUUCUAGUGGCUUGUAAGAGGACAAAGUGCAAGUGAGCGUGUGCGUAGCUUGAUGAGCAUGCGUGUGUGCAAGGUGUGUGUGUGUGUAACAUAGUGUGUGUGUGUGUGUAUAUAAAUCUUUUAUGAGUAUGAUUUAUGAUUAAUGUAUCACAGAUUAAUGUAUCACAGUGAAGCGUUUUAUCAAUGUCAAGGGGGCGGGGCCUCUUACGUACGCCCCCGUCCUCCCAGUUUUGUUCCAUCAGAUUCAGACCAAAACUUGACCUCCAGCCGCCACCGACUGCCGGCGAAGGAACGGUUCCGCCGUGGUGUUGUCAUAGCAACAGAACUCUUGUCUCUAGAGCUGAUAUCGUGCGAAACCUCAGAACUUUUUUUCUGCUAUACCCCUGACGGCCUUGUACAUACCACCCUCAAGUGUUCUAACUGUCUUGUAUUGCUAUUGAAGUUCAAGUAAACGCGUGAAUUCAAACCAACGUCUGUGUGGACUUACAUUCUCCUUUGAAGGAACAAUUACGAUUAAAAAUAGAAGCUGAUAAGAAAAAGUCCUGUUAGACGGCCAAUAUGACUCCUUCAGUAGUCCCUCGCCUUUGAACAGGAUUCAAAACCAUGUUUCCGUUCGCCGCGAGUAAGGCUGUGAAGCAUUAAAACUGUGCUCAUGUCCACACUGCGAGUCGGCUCCCAUUCAAUCAAUCAACGUUUAUUUAUAUAGCCCUGAAUCACAAGUGUCUCAAAGGGCUGCGCAAGCCACAACGACAUCCGCGGUACGGAGCCCACAUAAGGGCAAGGAAAAACUCACCCCAGUGGGAAGUCGGUGGCAAUGACUGAGAAA